CGCGGCACCGGAAGAGUUUCGGUGUUGCACAACGUGUUGUUACGUGACCCAGCACGGGCUGUCGGCAGCUUAUGGAAAGGUUGUGUGGAGAUGAGCGUUAGUUCGACAUGUCUCCAUCAGCAGGACGAGUUCUCCGUGGCCUCCGCCGGGGGAUCCUCAGCAGGACGCCGGCGAUCCGAGACGCUUCAGCCGCCUGGAGGUCUCUGGCGCUGACCUCUCAGGCGUCAGCCAGGUCCAAACCCCCCACAGAGGACGAGGCGGUCAGCAGCGAGCCCAUCAAGUUCUCCACCAGUAAGGCCAGCCACAGGUCCUGGAAGGUGGACCGCUCCAUGGGCAGCCAGCACCAGCGGCCCUGGUGGAAGGUGGUCCCCAUCAGCCUGGGCUUAGCCGGCUUCCUGCUGUGGUGCGCGCUGAGGAAGGAGACGGACAUUGAUGCCCAGCUGGAGAGACGGCUGUACGAACAUUUACCCGGCCUGGUGUCAGACGAAGAGGCAGAGCAGGACGACGACAAAUGAUGUUUAAUCGAUAUUUAUUCAGAUGUGGACUGAUCGGUUAAUGAGGCCGUCCUUUGCUCUGAGCAGAGCUAGAUUGUUGAGCUGUGUGAUUAUUAAUUUACAUUAAUUAAAAUGCCUGUUUCAUGUUU